AAAUGGCUCUUUGAGUGUUUAACUUUGUUAUUGCAAUACAAAAGAGAACGUGAAAAAAGCAUAAAAGAAUCUUACUAUCUGUAUCGUUGAUAAAUAAAUGGAUUUUCGAGUGUCAUACAGGAUAUUGUGUUUUAAUAUGUCACUACAUUUACUUAAUUGUAAAUAGUUUUAAAUCUAGGAUACAAAAAUAGCAAGAAGUGGAGCAUCAGAUGGAAUUAGAUGGUGCUGUAAAUACAGUUCAUAUUACUAAUAAUCUACUCUGAUUUAAGUGCCUUGUAAAACUGAAAUAUUGAUACAAUGCAUAGACGAACUCAAAUUUUAGAUGGGGUGCCAAUUCAUGUAUUAGAUUGUAGUUUAAGAAUGGUGUCUAGUCCGAGUUGAAACCUGUGUCGGAUUUGCUUUUAAGCUAUGAAGUUAUUCCAGACAUUGAAGCAUCUUUCCACCACUUAAUCAGCCAUUCUUCCUAUGAAGGGAUAAGGCCACCUUUCUAAUAAUGUUCCAUUCUGUUCCCCCAUCCGGGGCGGGUGUGCUGCUGCUUCCCUAGUGGAUCACAUGUCUGAGUAGUGUAGGAGUAUUAGGGAGGGGAGGGGGAGGGUAAGUGCUCCUCUAGAAAUGCCUCUUCUAUCCUAUCUCCAUAGAUGAUCAUGAUAACUUUUUUGACGAUCAAUGCAGAUGCUCUAGUUCAAGAAUUUGAGGAUUUUGAGUUUGACUCCCCCCCCCCAAGGUUCUGCCUACCACCCUGGUGGCUACAAAAAGAUGCUAAUUCUUUCUUUGUCCCAAUCUGAAAGUUUUGCAAGACCGUUUGAAUUGGCAACAGAGAGACAUGGAAGAUGAACGAGGCCGGCUACAAGAGGUUAUUUCUAAGAUGGAGGCCAGACUAAACGAGCAAACCCGCCUUCUGGAACAGGAACGUUGGAGGGUCACCACUGAACAAGCCAAAGUGGAAUCUUUGCAGCGUUCCCUCGAGGAACAGAGAAGAGUCAUGACCCAGCAGCUAACUAUGGAGAGGGAAGAGUUAGAGAGGGCAAAGAAUUCUUUGCUUGAGGAACAGAAAGCAGUCAUGCAGAAAUGUGCUGAGGAGCGCCGUAAAGUGGCGGCAGAGUGGUCAGAGCUGCACAUCCAGCAGAGGCUGAGCAAAGAACGCUCAGAGCGGGAGGUUGACCGAGCUCUGCAAAUUGACUCUCAGAGAGAAGGGGCCAUCAUGAGUCUUGCAAAGGAACAAGCAGACCUGAAGAUCAAAUCCAGCGAGUUGAGAUCAAGGGAAGAGCAGCUGGUGAGGGAUCGAGAGCUUCUAGAGCAAGAGAAACAGGAGCUGAGACUGGAGAAAGAAAGAGUUAAUGCAGCAGCUUUGCAUGUCAAGCAGAGGGCAGAUGAAAUCAAUAGCAUGAGCAAGGUAAAGAAACUGCCUUUCGACAUCCACUAUUCAAGCUAGAAAAGCUGAUAUGACUCAAAAACAGCUAGGUUACACAUUCUGGAAAUUGCAUAUUCUGGCACUUCCGGACAUAUCAGAUAAAAGAAGGCUGGACUGUACCACAGAGGCCAAAAAAGCCCUUGGCCAGCAAACAGUCUUUUAAAAAAUCUGUAAUAUGUUCCUUUGAAAGCUAGUAUCGGGGUUCCAAGUAACACCCCCAAUGAAAGAAGACUCUGAGGCUUGAAGUUCCUCAAAGUUCCAUUUUAUUAGAGAUGUCAUAUUGUCACAUCUGAGUAAACCUGAAGCUUUCCAAGUCUUUCCCACCCAAAAGAAAGUUCAAGUUCCUACCCAGCACUCACAUGUCCAUCACACGAUCCAAUCAGGCACUGUCUCAACUGGAGAUGCCUCCCAGUCACACCAUUCCAGGUGUAAGGCAAGAUGUCUCUUAGGUAAGCUCCCCGUUGGGAGAGCGAGUGUGUUCAGA